GCCAGCGUGUGGACUCGGAUACAACGGCUGCACGAUGAGGACGCUGCUCAGCAGAUGUUAACACGCUCCCGGCACCUGUCACCCAAAGUGUUGAUAUGUCCCAGCUCCCAAAAUGGCCACCGUACGCGCGGAAAGAGAAGACACACGCCUUCCUAUGCCAUAUCUGCCAGCAUGCUAGGUCGGACGUAGCAGGUUCCCCAGGCUGCCGGUCCGCGUAUGAGCGCGUUGCCGAGCGAUGUAUGGGGCAUGUUAGCGACAGAAACCACUUGCCAUUUGGGCAGCGGAGCACGGAGCGCUGCAGGCUAACAAGUGCGCUUCACAGGCGAGACGGUCUGAAACAUCAGCCGUCUGUUUCAUUGGUGCCAUUGUACAGCUUAAAGCCACUCAUCCCAUCGCCUUUGCACCGAAUCGAGGAAGGACUCAAACCUCCCUCCAAAGCUGAAAUCGCGGCCGUCACCGAGACCGUGUACGGCGCUCGGUUGGGGCAGAGAGGCAGUACGAUGCGGGCGCAGCUGUAGCUACGGCGCCCGGGAAACAGGUGAUUCAGGCAACGAUGACAUGGACCGACCUGACUGAUCCCGCCUAUCUGCAUGGCCACAAGCGACUUGGGGCGGCUUUAAGGGUCGAAAUCUCGGCCGAGACCACUUCAAAGAUCAGCAUCACGAACUUGCGGCAAGAAAGAAGCCUUGCGCAUUCAUCCCGAAUGCCGUUCUCAACACUUUACGAAUCGCGCUAGCAUUGAGCCCGUUCACAACCGGUCAUGACUGGCGACCUGAGGCUUGAGGAUCGCUUAAACAAUCAGUCGUCUCCGAUCAUCCCACCUCG